UCUGUUGUUGUUGUUGUUAUAUGACACGUUAGCUCGCGUUAGCUCGGGUUUUUAAUGCAUCAUGGUGAAGUGACGGGGUGCGUUUGAUAGCUGGCAGCGACAUGUGAGCUAAACACCGCCCUCAACUCACCCCGAGCGGACUGUGUUUUAAUCUUUACGUGUUGCCCCGGCGGGUGGUGUUUAGUCCGUGUGAGGGGCAGUUAGCGGGCCGCUCGGUGUUAUCAGCCGUCAGCUAAAGUUCGCGGGGAUGAGUCUGCCGCCCGAGUGGGACGACGACGAGCGGAUGAACUUCAUGUUCUCCGACUUCAAGGAGAACCGAGAGGUGAACACGACGGACUGGGACAGCAAGAUGGACUUCUGGACGGUUCUGGUGGUGAAGAGCUGCCGGGACCGCGGCACCGUGUGCGUGAGUCUGCGGGAGCUCAACACCACCUUCCGGAGGAAAGAGACGGCACCGCUGGGCCUGGCGACGGUGCUCCAGUGCCUGGCCAGAUGUGGGAAGAUCCAGAGGGAGUCUGAGUUCGCUGCCAACGUGGACUGUGGCUGGCUGUCCUGGGGUGUGGGCCUGCUGCUGGUGAAGCCUCUGAAGUGGACCUUCUCCACUCUUCUGGGGAGCAGCCGGGUGCCUCUGGAGGAGUCCUUCGUUGUCAUUGAACUAGUGAAGGAGAAAGCAGCAGAACUCCUGCAGGUGUACCGGAGCAGCGAAUAUGCCAGCAGCUCCAUCCUGUCAUUUCAAGAGCUCUGCACUCUCUCGUCUGACGUGUGUGCCGACGAGAGCACCCUGUGCAUGGCUCUACUGCAGCUGCAGAGGGACAAACAAGUGACGGUCUCACUGCACGAAGGCGAGAAGAUUGUUAAGUUUUGUCCACCCGGGCAGGAUCGCGUGUCCCCCGUCAGCGAGGUGGAUAUAGGAAUCUACCAGCUGCAGCGCAGUGAGAAGCUGCUGGGAGAGCGGGUGGAGAAACUGGGCCUGGAGGCAGACAAAUGCAAAGAGGAAGCAAGGACUCUGCUCCGGGAAGGGAAGAAAUCACAGGCGCUGAGGUGUUUGAGAGGCCGCAAGAGGGUCGAGAAGAGAGCGGACAACUUGUUCGCCAAGCUGGAGUCCAUCAGAGGAAUCCUGGACCGGAUAGCUCAGUCGCAGACCGAUAAGAUGGUUAUUCAGGCGUAUCAGGCCGGAGUGUCGGCGCUGAGGCUCUCGCUGAAGGACGUGACCGUGGAGCGAGCCGAGAACCUCGUGGAUCAAAUCCAGGAGCUGUGUGACACUCAAGACGAGGUGAACCAGACUAUAUCCGGUGGCGUGACCAGUGCAGAUGAAGACAUGGACGAGUUGGAGAACGAACUGAAAUCUUUGUUGGACGAGUCGAAGCCGGAUUCUGUCUCGGGUUUACCCGAAGUCCCGACGGGCGGUCUGCGGGCCCCGGGGGAGCCGAGCCUCCCGGCGGGUAACGACCUGCUCGACUCUCUGCCCGCCGUACCGUACAGGCAGCUGGAUAUCAGCGCCGAACAGCUGGAGGAGGAACUCAAUCAGUUAACUCUUACAGAUUCAGGCAUUGAACAGAAGAAAGUGACCUCGCCAGCCAGGAGGCCAGAGCCGGCUCAGUAACGGCCCCGGGGGGAGGGGAGGGGAACGUGACUAGUUUGAAGCUCUGCAUCAACAUAUCAAACUGUAUCUCUUUACAGACGUCCUGUGAGAGUUCAUAGAGGUUAAACACAAAAAAAUAAAAUACUAAAGAACUAUAUUAACAAUUGCGAAAACCGUAAUUGAAAUGUUUGUAAAAUCAGGAUGAAAACCGGCACUUUUUCCUUCGUGUGAGAAUAAAAACGCCUUUUCUGUGGCGGCACGCCAACGAGGAUUCAGCUCGAAAGCUCUCUGGUUUGCCGCCACUGCGAAUGCUUUUAAAUAUGUGCUAUUUUUUUGUGUAUUUGUCGUUUGUAGCGUGUUUAUUGACGUCUUUAAAAAUGUCCCCUAUCUGCAGUCCUGUAAAGUGUAUUAAGUGGCCUUUUAAAAGUGUAAAUAUGAAACUUAAAGUUGAAGAGAGUGUAAUGCCAAAUGAUUUACGAGCUUGAGUGUAUAGAGAAGUCUGUUUGCGACGUGCGUGUGAGGACGGAGGAGCCGAGCUGCGAGUGAGUUUAACCAAAUAUGUUUGUCAAAAUAAACUUUAUUUUAAUCACU